CACGUACACAGCUUCUGCUCUGUUCUGACACAGAUAUCACUCGUCCAUUAUACUCUCUACAUGGUUACAACAUGACAAGCUAAUUAACUGUGCUGAGUUUCUAUAUUGUGUAACUGAGCUGAAAUCAGAAGGGCUACAUAAGAGCCAAACCAGAGCUGACAAUGGAGGCCUCAGAUGGGGUCCCUACAGUCACACCAGAGGCUAUAAAAACCCUCUGUAUUGUUCAGACCAGCUCUGGGCAUGGAUUUAAGGCUUUCUACCCGCCCACAAGAUCCCAUGUCUAUGUGAAACUUUUCUCUUCAAGGGACUUAAAUGAGAGGAAUCACAGAGAGAUUUGUGAAGAAGUGAAAUUUGUUCGUCAAAUAAAGUCUGAUAAACUGAUGGAAAUUAUUGGAGUUUACAAAGCGCCAAUGUUCUUUGGAAUCCUGACAGACUGGAUGCCAAAUGGGUCACUGAGCACUCUCAUUCAUGAGAGGAAAUUGUACAGUGUGCUGCCACCAUGUGUUUGUAUUAGAAUACUCACUGACAUUGCUAGAGGAUUGUGUCACCUACAUGAACAGUUACAACCUAUCACUCACCAGGCACUCAAACCAAGCAACAUUCUUCUGGAUCACCAGUAUCAGGUUAAGCUCUCAGAUUUUGGAAUGCCAUAUUUGCAAACAUUGAGCUCUAUAUGUUCAAAUGCUAAUAAGGACCCUAGAGUGUACCUGUCCCCAGAGAGGAUAAAAGGAUAUUGUCCAACACCUGCUGAUGAUGUUUACAGUUUUGGCAUCACUGCGUGGGAACUUUUCAGCAGGAUGAAACCGUUCCAUGAUGAAAACUCAUUGAAGCUGGAAACCUUAAUUUCAAUGGGUCUAAGGCCACAGCCUAAUGUGGAGGCCUUUCUAAAGCCAGAGGAAAUCUCUCCUACGCUGAUAAACUGCCUGGUACAGCAGAUCAACCUAUGUUGGCACGGAACUCCAUCCACAAGGCCUAAAAUGACUGAAUCGUAUUUCCACCUCUGGAACAUCCUACAGACAUUUUCUGAAGAACAGAUGAACACUUCACUCCAUUCCCUCAUCAGAGAAAAGGAAAUAACAGAAAAAACUAUUGAGCAUUAUUACCUGGAAAUCGAUAUUGGUAGUCUGGGGUAUUCUGAUGGCAUAACUAAAAACAAUCAGGGGCUAAGGAAUCGAUCUCUAAGCACGCCUGAAGGAAGACAGACAACAUCUUAUUCAGUGCAACACAAAGGCAAGAGAAGCGAAAGUCUGCCAGUAUUCUCCACUGAGACCAACAGUUAUACACCCUCUACAGGUAGCCACUGUAAUGGCCUAACUCAGCUCCCGGUUGGAAGUUGGAAUGCUCCAUUCAGCCAACCUGCAGACUACAGGAGGUCACAUGUUCACACAGAGCCGUCACCAACAUCACCAGACAGUCUGCCAGUAUUCUCCCCCCAGACCAACAGUUGUACACCCUCUAUGGCUAAUCACUGUACUGCCACAACUAAGCUCCAGACUGGAAGUUGGAAUGCUCUAUUCAACCAACCUGACCUCAGGAGGUCACAUGUUCACACAGAGCCGUCACCAACAUCACCAGGUAUUUCCUGGAGCAGUUCUGACAGUCUGAUCCUAUGUCGGGAAGACAUCUUGCACUCGAUGACAGAGGGACGGCUCAAUCAGCUGUUGGAUACAAUCUUUUCACAAAACUUGUUCUGUAGAGAUGAGUAUGAAAAUGUCAAAGCAAAACCGACACUGACAGACAGAACUAGAGCAUUCCUGGACACCUGUCAAGAAAAGGGGGAGGAGGUAGCUAAUGCAGUUCUGCUGACGCUCAGAAAGAAUGGCUUCACUACUGGUUUUUAUAGGAACCCCGCCUGAACAAGGAGAUGGACCAUGGUGGAACUAACCAGCUUGCAAUAUACAAGCCCAGAUUUCCCUCAGAUAUGGGCACUUGACACCUUAUUUAUUGACUCAGUUAUCCUGACAGUGUUAGAGAUGGAUCUUUGGAUCAUUAUAACAUAUUCCAAUUUAUCUUCCUAAAUCAGGAAAUGAUGCAGCAAAUAGGCCAUACAGGAUUUUCCACAAGAAUAAGAUCGCCAGGAAUAGAUGAGAUUUCAGUGAGUGUUUUACUAUAAUCUUGAAAAGUCUAAAUAUUAAGCAACAUACCUGGGCUCAGUGUAACAUGUGAGAGAACCACUGUUAAAUGGGGAAAAUACAAGAGGUGAGAGAAGCUGGAAGACAAGAGCAGUAAUGAUGUGAAGAGUCAAAAAAAGAGUCAGAGCCAGAGGAAGACAAAGGCAGAAAGAAAGUUGAAGGCAGGAAUAAGAUUAUAGGUUGGGCAAAGAGAAUAUGGAAGGGUAUACAGGAUGCAGGGAAGAUAGAUAAGCAUGGCAAGGGGAAAUAGAUAUACAGCACAAGGAGGUAAUAGCUAAUCCAGAAGCACUGCUACAGAAUGUGCAGAAAGACAUAAGGACAACAAAUGGUGUAAGGAGAAGCAAUGAGAGCAUGAAUGAGGUAAGGAGAAAGGGAUGAGUGCUAUGAUCAUGGCAAAGAAUGAAGAUGUGAAGAGAUGAGUUGUGCAGAUUGCCUUGGUAAAGAGAGAAGAUGAUUUGGGCAGAACAAGGAAGGCAUGAGACAGGCACAGCAUUUAUGGUAAUAUGGCCAAAGGAGGAGGGGUGUUAAACUGGUUGAGUGGUCCUUGAUCUAUUUAUUUUAAUAUGCUAAAAGUGGUCUUAUAACAUGUUUACAAUUCCACAGUACAAUUUAACAUCAUCACAGUACUGAACCAAGCUGAAUUUCUAUUUAUACUGUCUAUUCAACACUAGCCAGAAACCUCUGUGAUUCCUACCGAAAUUUAAUCUCACUGACCCAAAGCGUACACAGUGCCCAGUGCAAAAAAGAGCUUUGUGGCCAAAUUAGCAACUCUUGUGAGCUGCUGGUGCAAUGCCGCCCCCUGCAGAUUUACGGCCAAUCGGCCGCCAGCAGGGAGGUGUCAAUCAACCCGAUCAUACUCGAUCGGGUUGAUUUUCGGCAAUGUGUGUCCGCCUGCUCAGAGCAGACGCUUUAGACCGCUGCUUCAUAACUGCUGUUUCUGGCGAACCUGCAGGCUCACCAAAAACACUGGCCCUCAAGUUCCAUCUGGAGCCUGAUAAAUGGGCCCCAACGAAGUCUUAUCAUCAUUACCAACAUUUGAACUCCCAUACAAAACAAAUAAGCUCAAAAAAGAACCCAUUGGCAGAAAGAAAGGACUGGUUAACAUUGUUUGUCAAGACAGCUAAAUGGCAGACUACAGCUAAAUGUGAAAUAGAACUCUUUAGUAUUAUAAGUAGAAUUUUGUUAUAUUGUGGUCAUUUUAAUAAAUGUACUAUAUACCCAUGAUAAUAAUCUAUGGUGGGCUUCACACCCUACAGAGCAUGCAUUUUAAAACCAGAAGGCUAGCGCACUGAUUUAAAGUGACAUAAACCCAUUGUAAAAUAAAUUGUUUCUGUUUAGUAGAAAUUUAUGGAAUAUACAUUAUUUAUUGUGCCUGUUUUUGCUGUAAAAUACCUUGCUUUUGUGUAAAUAUUUGUCCCAUGCUCCUCAUAGAGCCCUAAAAGCAAACUGUGUAACCUAGAUUUUUUUUUUAAAUGCUGCAAAUUGCUUAAAUCAGCUACAUAUUAUGCAGUGAUUGUUUAGAGCAGUAGACAUAAUUUAUAGCUAGCUGUUGAUGGACAUAAUUAAAGGGACAGUAAAGUCAAAAUUAAACAUUCAUAAUUACGAUACAGUAUGCAUCUUAAAACAACUUUCCAUUUUAUUUCUAUUAUGCUUUUUGUGUUGUUCUCUUUGUAUCAUUUGUUGAAGAGUAAAUCUAGGUUGGAUGAUAGGAGUUUAGGAGCAUGCACGUGUUGUUAUUAUAUGUCAGCAGUGCUUGCAGCAAUGAAAUACAUAGUAGCAAACACUGCUGCCAGAUUGCUAAAUACAUGUGCCCGCUUCUUAGCUCACCUACAAUUACUCUUUAACAAAGGAUGUCAAGAGAACUGAGCAAAAUUAAUAAUAAAAGUAAAUUGGAAAGUUGUUUAAAAAGUCAUGUUUUAUCCAAUACAUUUGUGUUUAAUUUUGAUUUUGCUGUCCAUUUAAGAGACAUAUAUUCACUCACCAGCUUUCAAAUAGUCUUGUAAAUUAUUAACAGGGCGACAAUUUGAACUGCUUUAAACCUAUUUGUUUUGUUUAUAGACCUUUUGCCAUUCAGUACUUAUUUGCUGAUAUAAAAUAUGUUUAUAUAAACAUUACUUUAAUGUCUCUUUUGUCUUUGUAUUCAACAACUGUACAACUGUACACACUGCGCACUGGUUUCACAAAGCCAUUAGCUCCACUGUCAAUACUCAGAGUGUUUGCUUAAAGUCUCCAAUUGCCUGUCAGUAUUUGUUUGAUUUGUUGAAUUGCUGUUCAAACACAACCGGCUGAUUCAUUUGCAUACAUGAUUUUGAGACAACUAUUAGCACAAUUGUCUGCAUUUGCACUGUUGUUUUAUAAAAUCACUAUUUGUUUCAUUACAUUAUUAUGUUUGUUUGUUUCUUGCUUUUUCAUGUUUUUAGAUAAUAUCUUUCUACUCUGUUGAUCUAGUGCUUUAUAGUUCUGCUGGGCCGAGUCCUGAAGGGAUAUUCUGUUCUGAUCUAGGUAGUUUCCAAGCGCAAAGCACUGAUCUAGUAAUGAAAAGUUAAAAUCAAUUAAGUAUAAUAUUUAGAUUUUAAAAAAUGUAUACUGGUAGUUUUGUUUAUUCUUGUAACAAAGCUUUGGACAAAUAGACCCAACUUUUUAGACUACAAUGUCUCCAUGGAAAACACAGUUAUAUGGACAUGACAUUGUAUCUCUUAUCAUUUCUGUACAUAUACUGUUUUUUUUUUUUUUUUCUAUUUGUCUACUUUUAUUUUGUUUUUAUUUGCUGAAACUCUUUCACCUCUUACUGCUGAAUUCUAUCUUACAUAGGGGCUGUGUUGUAAAUAGUACUAAUAACUUAUUUUAAACUCCUUGCUGAAUAAGGUAUUAUUGUGCUUCUUGUUGUUUAAUAAACUAUGGCUGUCUUAUAAAUAUUUUACAUAUUUUUUGUGCAUUUUGGGCUGAUCCACUGUAUAAUGACUUUGUGCACAAUAAAUGUUUUAUACAUACA